AUGAAACCAGUUAGACGUCCUGGAUGGGAUGUAUUUAUUACCAAGGGAUUUUUAGAAAUGAAAAAAAACGUUCAUGAUGGAAAGAAAUGUGCAUUUUUAACUCAUAUUGGAGAUGAUCUUUGUUCACCCCAUAAUAAUGCUGUGAAAUCUUGUGAGGAUUUAAAACAACAAUCACCGCAUAUCGAUAAAUUAUUGAAUGCACAAAGUACUGAACAAAUUCAAAAUAAUCGUCUACGUGUAAAAACUUCUAUUGAUGUUGUUCGGUGGCUUACAUUUCAAGGAUAUGCUUUUAGAGGUCAUGAUGAGACUCUUGAUUCAAAAAAUCGAGAUAAUUUUCUUGAGAUGAUUAAAAUUUUGGCAUCAUAUAAUGAAAAAGUUGCAACAAUUGUUUUGAAAAAUGCUCCUAAAUCUGCAAAGUAUACUUCACAUAGAAUUCAAAAGGAGAUUUUGCAAGUCAUGGCAAGUAAAGUGCAAGAUAAAAUUCGUGAAGAUAUUGGAGACUCUAAAUUUUAUAUUAUUGUUGAUAAAGCACGAGAUAAGUCUAAAAGAGAACAAAUAGCUAUUGUUUUGAGAUUUGUUGACAAAUAUGUUGCUGCAUCUAGAGAAGUGGUUUUUGUUCAUGAGUUCUUCACAAAUUUGAAUUUCAUUAUCAAUAUGCAAAAAUCUCAAGACAUUUUGAAUGCUAUUAAUUUAGUUUCUACUGCGAAAAAACUUAUCCAAAAGCUAAGAGAUGAUGAUUGGGAUAAAUUUCUUGAGAAUGUUGUCUCUUUCUCCAAGAAAUUUGAAAUUGACAUCCCAGACUUGAGUGCUCGUUAUAUUGAAGGUCGAGGUUGUAAUCAACUGAAUCACAUUACAGUGGAGCAUCAUUAUCAUUUUGACAUAUUCAAUGCUGCUAUAGACUUUCAACUGCAAGAGCUUAAUUGUAGGUUUGGUGAAAGAGGAGUCAAACUUUUGACACUUAGGUCAGCUUUGGAUCUGAAGGAUGGUUAUAAAUCCUUUAAAAUUGAUGAUAUAUGUAGUCUUGCGGAGGUGUAUUAUCCUCUUGAUUUUUCUGAGCAGGAGAAAUUUAAUUUGGGAUUCCAAUUGAAGUAUUUUGAACUUGAUGUGCAUAAUGAUUUGAAGUUGUAA